AUUGUUAAGAAUUUUAAUUUUGGUUUUUAUUUAUUUAUUAUUGCCGAAAUCUGCGCUUUAUAAUGUCACAGCAAUAUGAAUUACUAACUGAAAGUCCCGGUCAAUGGACAUCCGCCUCGUAUGUUAUCCCCGAAAUUCAAAAGAAGGAAAUAAAACCCUUUGUUGUUCUGAGCCUAAAAGAAUUGGAAGGUAAUCCAGACAGUCGUACUUCCAGUUUAACAAAUUCUAACAAAUUUUCUGCAGUGAGGGCGGUUGUGAGGCACAUAGCACGAUCCAGAUCCGCCACUAAGGAGCCCUGGUGUGCAUCGGAUGUUAGAAACUUUCUUGAAAAUUUGAAAUUCAGUCCGGAAUGUGCAGAAGAACUAACAACAUUAUUAUGCACAGAUAAAAUAUAUGAUAACAUUCCGAGACAUUUACGUAUGAAACCUGGACUGGUUAGCUUGCAGUGGAAAAUUGAUUUGUCUUUAUGUCAAAAUAAUAUUGAAACAGAAAAUGCAAAUCCGGAAAGAUGUAAAGAAAUAAUGCAACGAGACACUCAUAUUAUAUUAAUAUUGAAACUGACGGACGGACAAAUGAAAACUUAUAGACUAUCUAUUGCGAAAUUCCAUGAAUUAAGGUAUGUUAUUGCAAGUGCUUUGAAGUCUAUGAUUGUGUUGGAAAGAAGGAAAUGUAUGAGGCAAGACUGA